AUGAUGGACUUGCAGUACUUCCUCGAGUUGGUGGAUUUGAAGCACCGCCAUGGCAGCAACCUUCGCGUUUAUCACUCGUAUUGGAAGAACUCGACUACCGCCCAGAACUUCUUCUUUUGGCUUGACUACGGCGAAGGGAAAGAUCUUGACCUCCCUCAGUGUCCGCGUGACAAACUCGAGCGACAGCAAGUGCGAUACCUCUCACGCGAAGAACGGAUGAAUUACCUGGUGAGGGUGGACGAAGCUGGGCUAUUCCGAUGGGCGAAAAAUAACGAGCGCGUAUGGACAGAUAACAGGCGGUUCAAGGACAGCUUGAAGGGGGUUGUACAUAUCGACGAGGAUGCACCGCAGUUUCAAGGGAAUACGGAAGCGGGUGACCCGGACUCAUUCUUGACCAGUUCCUCAUCGUCUGUCUCGUCACUUUCGUCAUCGGAUUAUGACUCAGAUAGUGACAUGUGCGUCAGAGAAGCGAAAGAAACGUACGUGAACGAAGAUUAUAAAGCAGUCAAGAAGUUGAAAAAGGUUGUGCAUGUCAGUCCGUCGACGGUCCUUAGCAGUAUAAGGGGCAAGUCGUUGAAGAAGGAAGACAUGUGGAUAUUCCGUGUUCAGGUUGCCGAUACCUCCUUUCGCUUGUAUAUCGGGAUCAAGCAAUCAGGUGCAUUUCAGCACUCAUCGUUUCUUCGAGGUGCUCGCAUUUCCGCUGCAGGUCUAAUCAAGGUCCGGAAUGGACAGCUUCGCAGUUUGGCGCCAUUGAGUGGCCAUUACCGUCCUCCUGCAGCCAACUUUCGUGCUUUUAUUCACUCCCUCCAAGACAGAGGGGUCGACAUGUCUCACGUCUCCAUUAGCAAGUCGUACGCGGUCCUCGCGGGCAUCGAGGGAUACACCCGAACCAAGCACAAAGUACGUGCGCUACAUGAGAAGGUUGACGACGUGAAGCAAAAACUCUUGCAAGGCCAUCACAAUGGGGAGAAGGAUCAAGAUCCUGCCCGUCGUCAAAACGACGAUCAUUUUAAGCCCAGACCACUGGUGGGUGACAAACGGAACAAAAUUGAGAAAGGCCACCUUGAGCUCCCACUGCGCACAAAGCCUGCAAAUGAAGUGGAGUGA